AUGGCCGACAAAGUCCACCACUCAUCUUCCAGCUCGUCGCAGGAUCCCUUGUCCGACAACAUGAGCGACAAAACAAUGGAACCUUCAAGAGUCCUCUCCGAGAUGGACGCAUCUUCGACCCUGGCCAGCCAGCCGUCGCUCAACUCACGCCAACCAACUCCCCGCCGUCACUUCGACUUCGCCAUGCCACAAGAAGAGGAAGACGAACAACCAGGAGACAAGGCCAAGGAAGUCGCGACGUAUAUCGUUGAAAAUAUCGCUCCCGAGAAGCGAGCCGAAGCCGUCAAAGUGGUCGCGCGAGCCCUUGCUCUCCGUCGUCUCCGCGAGCAAACUCGGCUGAAAGAGGAGCACGAAAGGGCGAGAGAGGCGGAGGAGAAUGACAAGUUGACGAUCUCCAAGUCGGCAUUCAAUAUUCAUAUGGCACGAAUCAAGGCGGCGCAGGAACUCUCGAGCAGCUGGAUAAAGGAUACGGAGGAUUCACUGGAUGGGGAGUCGAUUCAAGCCCGCAUCAUUGACAUGAGCUUGGAGGAGAUUCACGAUACAGCGGUGGCGAUGGAGAGGGGCAAGAAUCCGGUGGUGUAG